AUGUCUGUGCACUUUUCUUCUGCAUCCAGACGGCUGGGCUCAAGCGGGGGAGCAGGCUCUGUGAGGCUCUCCAGUGGAGGAGCUGGCUUUGGGGCCGGAAACGCAUGCGGUGUGCCAGGCAUUGGCAGUGGGUUCUCUUGCGCCUUUGGGGGCAGCUCAUCUGCAGGAGGUUAUGGUGUGGGGCUGGGCGGGGGAGGUGCUUCCUGUGCUGCCUUCACUGGAAAUGAACAUGGCCUCCUCUCUGGCAAUGAGAAGGUGACCAUGCAGAAUCUCAAUGACCGCUUGGCGUCUUACCUGGAGAAUGUGCGAGCAUUAGAGGAGGCCAACGCCGACCUGGAGCAGAAGAUCAAGGGGUGGUAUGAGAAAUUUGGGCCUGGUUCUUGCCGAGGUCUUGAUCAUGAUUACAGCAGAUACUUCCCAAUAAUUGAAGACCUUAGGAACCAGAUAAUUUCCGCAACUACAAGUAACGCCAAUGUUGUCCUGCAAAAUGAUAAUGCGAGACUAACAGCUGACGACUUCAGACUAAAGUUUGAAAAUGAACUGGCCCUUCACCAGAGCGUUGAGGCUGAUAUGAACGGUUUGCGCAGGGUCCUGGAUGAGCUGACCUUGUGCAGAACUGACCUAGAGAUACAGUUGGAAACUCUGAGUGAGGAGCUAGCUUACCUCAAGAAGAACCAUGAGGAGGAAAUGAAGGCUCUGCAGUGUGCCGCUGGAGGCAACGUGAACGUGGAGAUGAACGCGGCGCCGGGGGUGGACCUCACGGUUCUGCUGAACAACAUGCGGGCUGAGUAUGAGGACCUUGCAGAGCAGAACCGCAGGGAUGCGGAGGCCUGGUUCAACGAAAAGAGCGCAACGCUGCAGCAGCAAAUUUCCGACGAUGCUGGUGCCACUACCUCAGCCCGUAAUGAACUUACUGAGAUGAAACGAACCCUUCAGACCCUGGAGAUUGAACUUCAGUCCCUUUUAGCAAUGAAACACUCCCUGGAGUGCUCACUGACGGAGACCGAAGGCAACUACUGUACGCAGCUCGCUCAGAUCCAGGCUCAGAUCGGGGCCUUGGAAGAGCAGCUGCAUCAGGUCAGGACCGAGACCGAGGGCCAGAAACUCGAGUACGAGCAGCUCCUGGACAUCAAGGUCCAUCUGGAGAAGGAGAUCGAGACCUACUGCCGCUUGAUAGAUGGAGAGGAUGGCUCUUGUGUUAAAGCAAAAGGCUAUGGGGGACCAGGAAAUCAGAUGAAAGAGUCAUCUAAAACCACCAUAAUUAAGACAGUUGUUGAAGAAAUUGACCCCCGUGGCAAAGUCAUCUUACCCAGAGUUCACACUGUGGAAGAGAAAUCCACCAAAGUCAACAACAUCAAGAGUGAACAGAGAGUGCCUUCCUGA